AUGCGUCAUGCUUCUGCCGCCCUCAAUGCGGAGCAGCUUCGACCAGGCAUAACAGAGAACAGAUUAUACCUUGGACGGGUACUCUAUGCCAAAGGUGAUUACGCUGAAGCGAAAAAAUGGCUCAUUGAGGCAGCCAAGGCUACCUGUGAUGAGGAUGAGUCGGUGGAACGUGAACAUAUCAGGGCAGCACGUGAAAUGCUACAAUUGAAAGUAUUCCAGAAGUGA